UUCUGAAGAAGGAUUUGGUUUUCCGGAGUCCUGAUACUGGGGAAGAGAUCCAGUUUCUUCCCUCUUUUCGAGUGAAAAGUCCUCUUGAAUAGCUUGCCUGCUUGAACUCAACAGAAGGUCUCUUUAUAUGUUAAGGAAAGUUGCAAGGAUUCUUUGAAUCAUGGAGCUGCUAGUUUUCUGACAUCUUCCUUAUCUCAGAGGGAUAACAUUUCUAAAAGUGUUGUUGGGCUGGUGUAAUGCAAGAACAGAAGCAACAUGAAAUGGAAACGUUAUUCUUUUACUGUCGUGGUAGCUGUACUCAGCCUGUCUCGGGUCCAUCAGUUACUGGGUCAGCUUAUUCCAGACUCUGAUGACCUCGAGAGAGGAAACGACAGCGGAACACCACUUCCCACCUCAGAUAAUGAGGACAAUUCUCUGGGCUACACAGGUUCCCGUCUUCGCCAAGAGGAUUCCCCACCUCGCAUUGUUGAACAUCCUUCAGAUCUAAUUGUUUCUAAAGGAGAACCAGCAACUUUGAACUGUAAGGCUGAAGGCAGGCCAACACCAACUAUUGAAUGGUACAAAGGAGGAGAAAGGGUUGAAACAGACAAAGAUGAUCCUCGUUCUCAUCGGAUGUUGCUGCCAAGUGGAUCUUUAUUUUUCUUACGAAUAGUUCAUGGCCGCAAAAGCAGGCCUGAUGAAGGAGUCUAUGUCUGUGUAGCAAGGAAUUACCUUGGUGAAGCUGUGAGCCACAAUGCAUCGCUGGAAGUAGCAAUACUGCGUGAUGACUUCAGGCAAAACCCUUCUGAUGUCAUGGUAGCAGUAGGUGAACCAGCUGUGAUGGAAUGCCAACCUCCAAGAGGCCAUCCUGAGCCUACGAUUUCAUGGAAGAAAGAUGGGUCCCCCCUGGAUGACAAAGAUGAAAGAAUUACAAUCAGAGGAGGAAAGCUGAUGAUCACCUAUACUAGGAAGAAUGAUGCUGGCAAAUAUGUCUGUGUUGGAACAAACAUGGUGGGAGAAAGAGAGAGUGAAGUGGCAGAGCUCACAGUUUUAGAAAGACCAUCAUUUGUGAAGAGACCAAGUAAUUUGGCAGUAACUGCAGAUGACAGUGCAGAGUUUAACUGUGAAGCGCGUGGUGAUCCAGUGCCAACAGUAAGGUGGCGAAAAGAUGAUGGAGAGCUACCUAAAGCAAGAUAUGAAAUCCGUGAUGACCAUACCCUGAAAAUUCGAAAAGUUAUGGCAGGAGACAUGGGUUCUUACACUUGUGUUGCAGAAAAUAUGGUUGGAAAAGCGGAAGCAUCGGCCACUCUAACAGUUCAAGUUGUAUCUGAACCACCACAUUUUGUUGUGAAACCUCGUGACCAGGUGGCUGCACUGGGCAGAACUGUGACUUUCCAGUGUGAAGCGACUGGAAAUCCUCAACCAGCAAUAUUUUGGCGAAGAGAAGGAAGUCAGAACUUGCUUUUUUCAUACCAACCUCCUCAGUCUUCCAGCCGGUUUUCUGUCUCUCAAACGGGUGACCUCACCAUUACAAAUGUCCAACGAUCUGAUGUUGGCUAUUAUAUUUGCCAGACUUUAAAUGUUGCGGGAAGCAUCACGACAAAAGCAUACUUAGAGGUUACUGAUGUUAUUGCAGACCGGCCUCCCCCUGUCAUUCGACAAGGCCCUGUGAAUCAGACUGUCGCUGUGGAUGGUACUUUAGUACUCAGCUGUGUGGCUGCAGGCACUCUAAUGCCAACAAUUCUCUGGAGAAAGGAUGGUACCCUCAUCUCCACACAGGAUUCCCGCAUCAAGCAGCUGGAAACUGGUGCAUUACAGAUUCGAUAUGCCAAGCUGGGUGACACUGGUCGGUACACGUGCAUUGCCUCCACCCCAAGUGGUGAAGCAUCAUGGAGUGCUUACAUUGAAGUCCAAGAAUUUGGAGUUCCAGUGCAGCCACCAAGACCCACUGACCCUAACUUGAUUCCCAGUGCACCAUCAAAACCUGAAGUUACUGAUGUCAGCAAAAAUACAGUAACACUAUCAUGGAAGCCUAAUUUGAAUUCAGGUGCAACUCCAACCUCUUAUAUAAUAGAGGCGUUCAGCCAUGCAGCUGGCAGCAGCUGGCAAACCGUAGCAGAAAAUGUGAAAACAGAAACAUUUGCUGUUAAAGGUCUGAAACCAAAUGCAAUUUAUCUCUUCCUUGUGCGAGCAGCCAAUGCAUAUGGAAUUAGUGAUCCCAGCCAAAUAUCUGACCCAGUGAAAACACAAGAUGUUCCACCUACAAGUCAGGGUGUGGAUCACAAACAAGUACAGCGGGAGCUGGGUGAUGUUGUUCUACAUCUCCAUAAUCCCACAAUCCUUUCUUCUUCCUCAAUUGAAGUUCAUUGGACAGUUGACCAACAAUCCCAAUAUAUUCAGGGAUAUAAAAUUUUGUACAGGCCAACAGCUAGUUCUCAAGGAGAAUCUGAGUGGUUGAUUUUUGAAGUAAGGACACCAACAAAAAACAGUGUUGUGAUUCCUGAGCUCAAAAAAGGAGUGAACUAUGAAAUCAAAGCUCGACCUUUUUUUAACGAGUUUCAAGGAGCUGAUAGUGAAGUGAAAUUUGCCAAAACUCUGGAAGAAGCUCCAAGUGCUCCUCCACAAAGUGUUUCAGUAACUAAGAAUGAUGGAAAUGGCACUGCGAUUGUAAUAACAUGGCAACCUCCCCCAGAGGAGACGCAGAAUGGGAUGGUUCAGGAAUACAAGGUCUGGUGCCUUGGCAAUGAAAGUCGAUACCACAUAAAUAAGACAGUGGAUGGUUCCACAUUUUCUGUAGUAAUCCCGUCUUUAGUGCCUGGUAUUCGAUACAGUGUGGAAGUGGCAGCAAGUACUGGAGCUGGAGCUGGAGUGAAAAGUGAGCCACAAUUUAUUCAGUUAGAUUCUCAUGGAAACCCUGUGUCACCAGAAGACCAAGUCAGUUUAGCCCAACAGAUUUCAGAUGUUGUAAAACAGCCAGCAUUCAUUGCUGGAAUUGGUGCUGCCUGUUGGAUUAUCCUUAUGGUUUUCAGCAUUUGGUUAUACCGUCAUCGAAAGAAACGCAGUGGACUCGCUAGUACUUAUGCUGGUAUCAGAAAAGUCCCGUCUUUUACCUUCACACCAACAGUAACGUAUCAAAGAGGAGGUGAAGCUGUAAGCAGUGGAGGCAGGCCAGGCCUUUUAAACAUCAAUGAACCUGCCACUCAGCCAUGGCUUGCAGAUACAUGGCCUAAUACUGGGAAUAAUCACAACGACUGCUCCAUCAACUGCUGCACAUCAGGCAAUGGAAACAGUGACAGCAACCUCACUACAUAUAGUCGCCCAGCUGAUUGUAUAGCAAAUUACAACAAUCAGCUGGAGAACAAGCAAACAAACCUGAUGCUGCCUGAGUCAACAGUUUAUGGUGAUGUGGACUUAAGCAACAAAAUCAAUGAAAUGAAAACUUUCAACAGCCCAAAUCUAAAAGAUGGAAGAUACGUCAGCCAACCAGGUCAGCCUACACCUUAUGCCACCACUCAGCUCAUCCAGUCAAACAUCAGCAAUAAUGUUAACAGUGGCAGUGGUGAUUCAAAUGAAAAACACUGGAAGCCAUCUGCACAGCAGAAACAAGAGGUUGCGCCAGUUCAGUACAACAUUAUGGAACAAAACAAAUUGAACAAAGACUACCGAUCAAAUGAUAAUGCUCCAACCAUCCCAUACAACCAAGCCUACGAUCAGAAUACAGGAGGGUCCUACAACAGCUCAGAUCGAGGAAGCAGUACAUCUGGGAGUCAAGGGCACAAGAAGGGUGCUAAAACCCCCAAGGCAUCCAAACAGGCUGGUAUGAACUGGGCAGACCUACUUCCACCUCCCCCUGUACAUCCUCCUCCCCACAGUAACAGUGAAGACUACAGUCUAUCCGUAAAUGAAAGCUAUGACCAGGAAAUCCCAUGUCCAAUCCCACCAGCAAGAAUGUACCUACAGCAGGAUGAACUAGAGGAAGAGGAAGAGGAUGAGCGAGGUCCCACACCACCAGUUCGAGGAGCAGCUUCAUCUCCAGCAGCAGUGUCCUACAGCCAUCAGUCUACUGCUACAUUAACUCCUUCCCCCCAAGAAGAACUCCAGCCAAUGCUACAGGAUUGCCCGGAGGAAAUGGGACAUUUUCAACAUCCACAAGAUCGGAGACGACAGCCUGUGAGCCCUCCUCCUCCUCCAAGACCUAUCUCUCCGCCACAUACCUAUGGUUACAUUUCAGGACCUCUUGUAUCAGACAUGGAUACUGAUGCACCAGAAGAGGAGGAUGAAGCAGACAUGGAAGUGGCCAAGAUGCAGAACAGAAGGCUUCUUUUGCGUGGUCUUGAACAGACGCCAGCCUCAAGUGUAGGAGAUCUGGAGAGCUCUGUGACAGGUUCCAUGAUCAAUGGAUGGGGUUCAGCCUCAGAAGAUGACAAUAUCUCAAGUGGACGGUCUAGUGUUAGCUCAUCAGAUGGAUCCUUUUUUACAGAUGCAGAUUUUGCACAGGCUGUUGCUGCAGCAGCAGAAUAUGCUGGUCUCAAGGUAGCAAGGCGUCAAAUGCAGGAUGCUGUGGGAGGCCGUAGACAUUACCAUGCCUCACACUGCCCCAGACCCACCAGCCCUGUCUCUACCGACAGCAACAUGAGUGCUGCUGUAAUUCAGAAGGUACGACCUGUUAAAAAGCAAAAGCACCAGCAAGGAAAUCUACGAAGAGAAGUCUACACAGAUGACCUACCACCGCCACCAGUACCGCCACCUGCUAUAAAAUCUCCCACUGCUCAGUCCAAAUCUCAACUGGAGGUACGGUCCGUCAUGUUGCCAAAGUUGUCCUCUAUAGACCCAAGAACAGAAAGGGCAGUGGAAAGAAAAGGGCCAGGCUAUAAGGGGAAAGAAGGAGCUGAUGGCCGUCAGCAUUCUGACAUGCGGACAAGUUCAGGGGAGCGCCGAGAAUCACAGGAACAGCAAAGUGAAAGCAAACCACGAGGAAACAAAGCAGCAAGGCGAGAUGGCACACCAGCAAAAACACAUAUUCUCCAAGAGGAUAUUCUGCCAUAUUGUAGACCUACUUUUCCAACAUCAAACAACACUAGAGAUCCUAGUUCCUCAAGUUCUAUGUCAUCCAGAGGAUCAGGAAGUAGACAAAGGGCAGAACAAGCAAAUCUAGGUCGAAGAAAUGUGGCAGAAAUGCAGGUUUUUGGAACAUAUGAGCAAGGAGAGGAUGAAGAAGAAUUACAGGAAACUGAAAGCUGAAGAAGAGAUGUAGUGUAACAAGUUUCUGAAAUCUAAUCAGAAAGAUAUCACUUAAGAUGCCUCAAGUCUGAUGAUAUUUGAUGCCAGAAAUAAUGUUCAGUGCAAUCAGAGUGUACAAUUCCCCGUCUUUUUAUGCUAUCAAAAUCCUAAUCUUUAUUUUAAUGUUAUUUUAAAACCCUAAACAUAAUGACCCUGUUUAUUCACUUUAAAUAUAACUCAUUUCCUCCGUCCAUGACAGCAAUAUGGUGCUACACUAGCUACUUCUUCCAUUGUUGGACAGAGGGGGGAGCCUCAGUUUGCUACUGUUGUGGCCAGUGCAGUACAAGACAAGUAUGUCACCAAACCAGUUCAUAAUCUUAUGAAUAAACUAUCAUUGAUUGGACAAUAGAAAAUAGCAAAGAGAGAGAGAGAUCUAUGCAGAUUUUCUAACCUUCCAAUGCUAUUAUAGGCUGCACUUGGUGCAACUAGCACUGUAUUUUCUUCCAGCAGUCAUUCAUUUGCAGCAAAAAGACAUCACACAACUUGAGUUAGGGUGGUUAGUAGUAAACACACACUGGUUUUUCAACCCCUGCCCCCAAAACUUUUAAUUUGUCUGGAUUCUAUCAUGCUUCAUCUGGAAGGUACAUUCUUUACUGCAAAUGUUCUUUAGAUAGGAAGAAGGCAUGUCGAAGUGAACUUGGCAGUUCUGUCACAAGUUAAGCUUAUCAAAUACUGAAGCGGUUGUUGGCCUCAACCAGUGCUACUGAAAACAAAAAUAUAAAAAGCAAUGGACAUUUUUAAAGCAUCACUGGGAAAGGACAUCAUCAUCAUGACUGGCCCAAAUCUCAGACCUCUACUUUAUAGUGUCAAUUCACCUUAAAGAAGAAGUGCCACUUAAAGAAGUUAUGUUUUGAUCUUGGGAUGGUUUUGGGGGGGGGAGAGGGUUGAUUUUUUUAUUUUUUAUUUGUAAUGCACUGUUUAUUUUUUUAUUUUUUGGUUUUAAAAGCACAAUCACUAAACUUUAUUUGUAAAACAUUGUAACUAUUAACCGUUUUUGUCUUAUUGUAAGAUGUUACACCUUUGUUUGUUUUUUCAUAUUUUAUUAAUGCUCUAUGUUUGUAUUGGAAAUAUUUGAAAGGUGACAGAUGGUAAUGGUAUCAUACCUAAGAAUGGGCCAUAAACUAAACACUUCCCGUUUUCUGGACUUUAAAUUCUCAAGUUUGCUGUGGCCUAUCUUGACAUUGGAUUUCCAAUGAAAUAGAGCCAUUAGUUCCUUUUGAAAUUACAGAAUUAUGUCCUUUGUCUGUAGAUUUUUAUGAUCUCUUUUGUAAUUAUAUAAUUUCUUUGUCAUCGGUGCUAAUGGAAAAUUGUGUGUUUGUUUAUGGACAGUUGUCAGGCCUAGCCGCAGUGGGGGGAAAGGAGUGUUUUGGUAUUUACUGAGGGCUAAAUUUUUUCAUUUAGCUAAUUUUUAAGAAAUGGUUACAAUAGAAAGGGCGUGCAGUACU